UUUGGGUCCUUCUCAAUAAUUAAUUAAUUAUCAAUUAAUUAAUUCUGAUAGGCCUAUUUUCGGGGCCUUACAGGCAGAUCACUCCGAUCAAUAUGCCUUUCGGAUCGAGUGCGGCCAUGGGGUCCACUUCGGUCACCACCUUUGUUGGAUCGAGCGCGACUAUGGGGUCCGCUCCGAUCACCUCGGUUAUUGGACCAACCGCGGCUAUGGCCGCAAUGGUCACCCCACUCAGACCGAAUAUGGCUUCGGCCAUACCGGUCAUUCCCUCACUUGGACCGAACACGGGUGUCUUCACAUCCGCACCGGUCGGACAUCCUACUGUCAUGCUACCUGCAAACUCUGUCAAAGAACCGGCAAAGUUCACAGGUGUUGGCUUUAAAAUAUGGCAGCAAAGGAUGUUAUUUUGGCUGACCACCCUCAACCUUGCGAGGUAUUUGAGGGAGGAUCCCCCUGUUGUGGGGGAGAACGCGGACGAGCCAACAGUUCAGGCUAAAGAGGCAUGGAUAGCGAAUUACUAUACGUGCCUUAACCUUAUCCUGAAUUGCUUGAGCGAUGCCUUAUAUGUUGUUUAUAGCAGGGCUGCAUCCGCAAAGGAGUUAUGGACUACACUGUCCAACAAAUACCAGGCCGAGGAUGCCGGUGCGAAGAAAUUCGUUGUCGGUAAGGUCUUGGAUUUUAAGAUGGUAGAUUCCAAACCCGUGGUCAGUCAAGCUGAAGAAUUUAUUCUUAUUUUUAAUGAGUGCACUGACGAGGGAAUGGGAGUCAGUGAGGCAUUCCAAGUGGCGGCGAUUAUUCAUGUGCUCCCGCCGACUUGGGAUGAGUUCCGGAGCUAUAUCAAGCUCAAACGGAAAGAAAUGACUUUAGAACAGUUGCUUGUUCAUCUCUGGAUCCGUGAAGAGGGUCUCACUCGCAAGAAGAAAGUAGCUGUUGCUAAGGCCAAUGUGAUGGAGCAUCCACCCAAAGAGGAUUCUUCCAAAGGGCCCAAGCCAAACAAGGACAAGAAGAAAAUUGGUCCUAAAGGAGGCAUCGGAAAGACCAAGUUCGCGGGGAAAUGCUACAAUUGUGGAAUUACGGGCCACCGUUCUUCAGAGUGCUGCAAGAAGCUUUAGAAGAAGUAGUAGUAGAAGGAAGAAGCUCUCUGCUCGGAGCUAGAUGCUCUGGACCUUUGUGCUGUCGUGACAGAGGUCAACCUGGU